GGGAAGCGCUUAUAGCCCUAGCGGCGUUCAGUCCAUUGCAAAUCUUUUAGUUUAUAUUUAAUCGCUGUCGUGGCAAGAGUGAAUCUGGUCGCUCUCGGUGUGUUCGCUCGCUCGUUGCUUGGUUGGUUGGUGUCCCCUCAGCGCCGUUGGUUCUAGUAGCGUUGGUGGAUUUAUUAGCCUAGCUAGCUAGCUGGUGUCAUCGUAUGCUGAACUUUACACCGGGUUGAGGAAAACGAGUAAACUGAAGUCUCUUGGAUCUUUCUGGACUUUCUUCGGUGACACAGCGCUACAAGCCGCAGCAGAUGGUCUCGUCGAAGAAAGUGUGUUGCAGUUGAAACAGAGAUCGAAUAUUUUUGCUUUUCGAAUUGUUAUUGCCAAUAGUCAAUGGCUUGGUGGUGAUACGGUGAAGGAAAAAUAACUAAGCCGAACGCGACACGGUAGACGAAAACGUGACAAGCAGAAUAAGGAAUCAGUGUUCGAAAACGGGCAACAUUGUGUGAAGUGAUUCGUUCUCCCGAUUACCUGCGCAAAGACACCGGUGAUCGGCGGUAAUCACAGCCGCAGCUUUCGUCCAGUGUUCAGUAGCAGAUUGAUUGAUUCAUAAGCCCUUCUCCGGCAUCGCUGACGGCUUAUUAUGUCCAACUCAUAUGCGACGACCGGCUCCAGACCAACCUCACGAUGGAAGCGUUUCAUCAAGUCCAACUUACUCACCUUCCUCACGGUGAUAGGUGUGUUCGGCGGCACCACCCUAGGUUUAAUGCUUAAAAACUCCUCCGAGCCAUGGACGCAACGUGAAGUGAUGUACAUUCAGUACCCGGGAGAUCUGUUCUUACGGAUGCUGAAGUGCUUGAUUGUACCCUUGCUGGUAUCGUCCAUCACCAGUGCAAUCGGCUCGCUGGAUCUCAGCAUGUCGAAGAAGAUUGCAUUUAGAGCCAUAGUGUACUACUUCACCACCACCAUCUGCGCGGUGGUGCUAGGUAUUAUUCUCGUUAGCACCAUUAGGCCCGGAGCCGGGCACAACGUGGGCAGCAUGAAGGGUAAGGCUGCCACUCGGCAAGUCCUUACUGCCGAUACGCUUCUAGAUUUAAUCCGGAAUUUAUUCCCACCGAACAUCAUUCAGGCUACCAUGUUCCAGUUCCGCACCAUCCUAGUCCCGCCGGAAAACGCCACUGAUGUUCCGCUGCAAAACUACAAAAUCACUUCGGAAUUCACCGAGGGCACUAACGUGCUUGGUUUGGUAAUGUUCAGCGUGGUGCUCGGCGCCUGCAUCGGAAAGAUGCGAGAAGCUGGAAAACCCCUGCAGGGUCUGUUCGAAACCCUGAGCGAGGCCAUGAUGAUCAUCACCUCGUGGGUUAUUUGGAUUUCACCGAUCGGUGUGUUCUUCCUGGUCGCAGCCAAGCUGCUUGAGAUGGCUUCGUUCGUGGAGGUUCUGGGUCAGCUGGGUUGGUACUUUAUGACAGUGAUGCUGGGGCUGAUGCUGCACGGUUUUGGCACAAUUGCUGUCAUCUUUUUCUUGACCACGAGGAAGCUGGCAUACCCGUAUAUCGCCCAAAUGAGUCAGGUGCUGGCCACUGCAUUCGGUACCGGAUCCAGCUCAGCAACGAUGCCGAUCACAAUCCGAUGUCUGGACAACAUGGGUAUCGAUCCGCGCGUGACCCGGUUUGUGAUUCCGGUCGGUGCUACGAUCAACAUGGACGGAACUGCCCUGUACGAAGCCGUUGCUGCUUUGUUCAUCGCCCAGCUGAGGCAUAUUCCGCUAUCGUUCGGUCACAUCGUUGCCGUUAGUGUAACGGCAACGGCUGCCUCGAUCGGUGCCGCUGGUAUUCCACAAGCCGGUCUGAUUACCAUGGUUAUGGUAUUGGACACGGUAGGCUUACCAGCUGAGGAUGUGACCAUCAUUAUUGCCGUCGAUUGGUUACUUGAUCGGUUCCGCACAACCAUCAACGUGAUGUGCGACGCCCUAGGAACGAUUCUAGUGGAUUCUCUAUCCAAGAAAGACUUAGCCAGUACGCCGAAUGAAAUUCAUGAUGCCGAGCCCCAUGAACUAGUCGAACUCCGGCAAGAUAAUAACGAAAAGGAAUAAAUCCCUCUCCAUCUUCCGACCGGCUGCAGUUUUGCUUCCUUCCCGGAUCAGAUCGAUUCCCCACCCCGCAUGUAACUUAUGGAUGUUGGACCAAAUCAAUCCAUCGUGUAGGAAAAAAUCUCAAAAAAAAAAGUAGACCAUCCCUUGGUGUAAAGAUAUAAUACGUUUGAAAACAAAUGGUACUCAUGAUCCACCGUCAACUAUUUAAGUAGAUUAGACUAGAAAAAGAGCGAACACAUCAUCAUGCCGACGAAGUCACUUCGGCCACGUGCUGCCAAAAACCGCCAUCAGAAGGCCAUUUUUCCCCCAAGGGGAUUGUAGUGAACAAGACGAAUGAAAUUUACGAAAUCACACACCUUCAUCAUCAUCACAUGUUCGUAGAUGUCGUUUUGAUAUGAAGAUCGGAGAUCGGUUGCAGAACCGUUGGACACCAUAUUGACAUCACCCCCAUCCACUAGAGAGUGUUAGAAAUACAGUGUGGUUUUUCAUCCCUCAGCGUUAGGAUUAGAAAGAUACCGUUGAUGGUACGAAUGACUUCCAAGAGCUCUAGCAUCAAAGAUUGUGCCACACUCGACGAAGGCUUCCGAAACAGAACAAAAAUGAUACAAAUUGAAUGUAUUUCUGACAGCUAACUCAUUAACAAGAGAAACUUUAUCGUACGUAUUUUGAGAUCAUGAGAAAAUUAGAUGAUUCGAGCUUAAGCCUAACAUUGUUGAAGUUUGUUGUAUAUUUAAAAUACUUACAAAUAUAUUUUAAUAAUUA